AUUUAUUCUUCGACUGGGCCAGUCAAUCGAGAUUAUGAUGAUGUCCGACGUGUUACUGAUGCUGCCAAAGCAGCAAUCGUCAGGGCUUAUAAAGCUGGCCACAAACGUCCAGUACUGGUAUUGCCAAAGGAAACCCCAUUUUCAAAUUCAUUUGAAGCUGGCGUAUUAGGUGCCUUAAGUGCUGCCUAUGUUCCGCUGGAAUUGCGAGAAGCAAGACCAAAUAAAGCUCGCAAUAUAGAUGAACUUGGCGUUUUCGUCAGAAAUGGGCAAGAAGAAGCCCUUGUACCUUUCCUUAAAGCAAUUGAAAGUGGCAGAUUGGUUUCUCGCGAUAUUGGUGGAUCGGAUCCUGAACGUAUGGCUCCUCCUAAUGCAGCUCGCUACGUUCAAGAAGCAUUUAUCGAUACGCCUGUUAAGGUUAAUGUUAUAUCAGACGUUGACAUGAUCGAAAAGGAAUAUCCACUAUUUGCCGCUGUAAAUCGCUGCAGCAAAACGGUUCCUCGCCACAAUGGUCGUAUCGUAUAUCUCGAGUACACUGGUGAGGGCGCGAUCGAAGAAACGCUUCUUCUCGUUGGUAAAGGUGUAACGAUGGAUACUGGAGGUGCAGAUUUGAAAGUUAAUGGUGUUAUGCGUGGAAUGCACAGGGAUAAGUGUGGAGCUGCAACAGUAGCUGGCUUCUUUCAGAUUUUAUCUCGAUUACGCCCCAAAAAUAUCAAAGUCAUGGGUGGUAUGGCUCUCGUACGAAAUAGCAUUGGAACAGAUUGCUAUGUGUGUGACGAAAUCAUUACAUCUAGAGCUGGAGUUCGAGUUCGUGUGGUUAAUACAGACGCAGAAGGAAGGAUGGCAAUGAGUGAUGUCCUAUGUCGCAUGAAGGAAAAGGCACAAAAUGAAAUUAAUCCCCACAUCAUGACUAUUGCUACAUUAACUGGCCACGCAGUGAUGGCUGUUGGAGGAAGCUAUUCUUGUGUUUUAGACAAUGGACCAGCCAGCAGACUUCACACAGCCCAUAAACUACAAGAAGCUGGACAUCAGAUAGGAGAUCCUUUAGAGGUUUCAACACUUCGACGUGAGGAUUACGACUUUGUUGGCCCAGAUACAAUAUAUGAAGAUGUUCGACAGUGCAAUGAGCUACCAUCCUCUAGAACCCCUCGUGGUCAUCAAUUCCCAGCAGCUUUCAUGAUACGUGCGUCAGGGCUUGAUAAGUUUGGUAUAGAUGCUGACAAACCCAUUCGCUAUACACAUCUUGAUAUUGCUGGUUCAUCUGGUCUAUACCCGCAAGUAAAUCCAACUGGUGCUCCAUUGCCGUCGCUAGCUCAACGAUAUCUUCGCGAUAAAUGCUAG